CCAUUAACCAGCAGGGAAACUGGCAAACAAGAUUUAGAGGAUUUAGCAGCGGCUUCCCACCACUUACUGUACACAUGCUGGAAUCCCUGGCAGCAGGCACGAGCCAGCAAGCACAGCCACGGCAGACCCACUUCGGAUGGUGGAUAUUUAACCUUUCUGUGUAUCUGCUUCUGACUGCCUAAAAUCAGGUUCUGGCCAUACUUGACAAUGCCACUCGCCCUGUACACCUGUCUUCUCUGGCUGUCCACCAGCGGCCUCUGGACCGUACAGGCUGAGGACCCCGAUGCUGUGACAAGCAUGGAAAACCCUCACCGCGGCUUGGCUCCAAUCAACGUUGAUUUUGCCUUCAGCCUGUAUAAGCGCCUGGUGGCCUCAGGUCCUGACGAGAACACGUUCAUCUCCCCGGUGAGCGUCUCCAUGGCCUUGGCUAUGGUGAGUCUGGGUGCUGGUGGCCACACACGGACCCAGGUUCUCCAGGGUCUGGGCUUCAACCUCACUGAGAUAUCCGAAGGUGAGAUACACCAGAGCUUCCAAAACCUCCAGCAGCUCCUAAGUGAGGCAGACCCCAGCUUGGAAAUGGCUAUGGGCAGCACCUUACUCCACCACAACCUGGAGCUGCUCCCCUCGUUCUCGGAAGACAUCAAACGCUACUAUGGGUCAGAGGCCUUGGCUGUAGACUUCCAGGACUGGGCUACCACCAGCAGACAGAUCAAUGAGUACAUCAAGAAUAAGACCCAGGGGAAAAUUGCAGACCUGUUCUCAGGCCCGCAGAGCCCGGCCGUACUGGCCCUGCUCAACUACAUCUUCUUCAAAGGCACGUGGGCACAGCCCUUCGACCCGGAGAGAACCGUGGAGGAGAACUUCCACGUGAAUGAGAAGACCACGGUGAAGGUGCCCAUGAUGUUCCAGUCGGGCGCCAUCAAGCACCUUCCCGACCCCGAGCUCCCCUGCCAUGUGGUGCAACUGGACUACAGGGGCAACCAGACCAUCUUCUUCAUCCUUCCCGAGCCGGGGCAGAUGGGCAGAAUCACUGCUGCGCUGAGCCGGGACACGAUUCAGAGAUGGUCCUCGUCCCUGGCCAGGAGCAGCCAGGUGCACCUGUACAUCCCAAAGGUCUCCAUCUCUGGCACCUAUGACCUCAGGGGCAUGCUGGCAGACAUGGGCAUUGAAGACCUGUUCACCAACCAGGCAAAUUUCUCAGGCAUCAGCCAUGGGGAGCAGCUGAAGUUAUCAAAGGUGAUCCAUAAGGCCGUGCUGCAACUGGAUGAGGGGGGCGUGACGCCAGCUGCCACCAAGGGCGCCCUCCAGGGGCCUGAGCCACUGGCGUCUGAGCCACUCACCAUAAACUUCGCCCGGCCCUUCCUCCUCAUGAUCUUCGACCACUUCACGUGGAGCAGCCUGUUCCUGGGCCAGGUGGUGAACCCGGCCUGAGAGCACACUCACCCCGAGCCACAGCACCGUCUGACUCUGAGCGGGUGGGAGAUUUCCCCCAUCUUCUCCAGUUUCUCCUCCACCCACGCACAAUUGUUCCUACAUGUAUGCGUCUUGUAAUAAACAGCAGUCACUGCGA